GACAAUGUCGAUGACUCGACCUCAACGCCGACGCAUCGCCGAUCCUCUCAGAUUCGCCAGGCCACCGGUGACCCCACGCAUCAGUCCCGGAGGCUCGAUUCCACUCGGAGAGGCGAUGAUGUUGGUGCCGCGGCUGCCAUUGUUGCUGCAUUGGUGCUUCCCAUCAUCCUCCUUUAUAAAUUUGGCUUCUGGCGACUGCUCUGGAUGGCAUUGCUUAGUUUCUGGCGACUGCUCUCGGGGUUGGCAUUGCUUAGCUUCUGGCUACUGCUCUGGGUGGGAUUGCCUGCCAUGACCGUGUUUGGAUUGAUCGUAUUGGGAACGAACGCUGUUGAUUGGGUACGUGAUUGGUCAGAAGUUGCCCGUCCUCCCAUGAGCAACGAUACGCCAGUGGGAGGUAAAGCACCUACGACAACCGGGAGAGGUGGAGAAGAAGGCAACGAUAGCACGACGGAAGAGUUGGCAAACUCAUGUGGGCCCAAGAAGUUCUCCUAUGCAGAGUUGAGGAUCGCGACCAAUUCUUUUGCAACUGACCAGAAAUUGGGAGAAGGAGGUUUCGGGAUCGUGUACAAAGGGCACAUAGGUAAAGAUCGCACACCGGUCGCUGUGAAGAAAAUAAGAUCUGGUUCCUGCCAAGGGAGAGAGGAGUUUAUAUGCGAGGUGAAAUCGUUGAGCCAACUUGGGCACAGACACUUGGUGCAACUUAAAGGCUAUUGUCACGAGGCGAAUAAAUUCGUCCUGGUUUACGAAUUCAUGAGACAAGGUAGCUUGGCGGAUCACCUGUUUGAAAACAAACCCUUGUUGACAUGGAAAAGGAGGUACAACAUCGCUCUGGGAUUAGCCUCGGCGCUGCAUUACCUGCACAAACAAUUUCGUCGAUGCGUGAUCCACAGGGAUAUCAAAUCUAGCAAUGUCAUGCUCAAUAAAAAAUUCGUGGCCAAAUUGGGAGAUUUCGGCUUGGCUAAGCUAGUUGGCCACACUAGAGGGCCAAACACGACCGAAGUGAAAGGAACACUAGGUUACUUGGCUCCGGAAUACUUUAAAACGGGUAGGGCAAGUAAGGAAUCUGACAUCUACAGUUUUGGAGUGGUCCUUUUGGAAAUAGGAUGUGGAAGAAUAGCUGUCGACCGAGGACGAGACCCACAAAACCUUGUAGAGUGGGUUUGGAAGAAAUAUGGGCCAAAGAAGUUGCUCCACGCAGUGGAUGAGAGGCUCUGCAAGAAUUUUGACAAGAAACAGGCGGAGGCCUUGAUGAUUGUGGGGCUGUGGUGUACUCAUCCCAUUGAGUCUCGGCCUUCGAUUGAAGCGGCAAUGGCCGUUUUGAACUUGAUGGCAAAGCCUCCCAAACUGCCCUUGAAGAUGCCAAGUUUCAACAUAUAA